GAACUUGAGUAAUGUGUAUCUCACAAUACUUCAUAAAUAAUCUUGUAAGUUUUGCAAAUUUUAAUUCUUAUUCUGGGUAUUAAAAAUGUAAUUUUAAUUUUAUGUAUAAAUUUAGCACAUGAAGUUCCCAGAAUGCUAUAGAGAAUGUGAUUCCACAACCCUGAAUUUAAAGAAAGAAUGUAAUUUCCAAGGAGACUUUGAUCUCGUAUCCUCAGAAAUCACCGUACUUUGGGCCUCCGCACUCCUGACAAACGGGAAUCUUACACAUAACGACCUCUUACACAUCGCAAGAAGCAUGAGUAGAAGUGAAUACUCAAAAAAAUCAGUAAUAAUCGCAUUCAUUAACCCGCAGUGUUUCUGCAGAAUCUACUCCAACGGCAAAAUCAUAAUUAUGGGCGCCAUAACUGAGAAACAAGCCUACAAGAGACUAGCGAAAACAGUUCGCAAGAUAAAGUAUAGAACAAAAUGGAAAGUUAAAGUGCCAAAUCUGCCGUUUUCUCCCCGGUAUUUUAGCCAACCUGAGUCUGAUAAUUCUGUUGUCACGAGUAAACACAGGUUUGCUCCAACCUAUAAAGAUGCAUCAGACGAUGAAUCGCAAGUAAAUAAAAACAAUAAUGAAGAAAGAAGUGAAAGUGGAGAAAUGUAUUAUAGCGAUUUUAAAAAAAGGUUUAAUUUUGACGGAAAUGGGCUGUUGUGGAGGUAUGUCAACAACGAGAAUAUCUUGAAGGUAUCAGACUCCCUUAAAACCUUUAAAAUCGACCAACUGUUGUGUAAAAUAGUCUUAGAUAAGGAAUUAGACAUUGAUUAUAUCUUCAGUAAGCUUGAUGCCAAGCUUGUUAACGUUAAUUUGUUUCCAAAUUACCUGAGGUUUCAAUUCGCGUUGGAAAACACUAGCCCUAACACUGAAUUUGAGAGUGAUUUCAAAGAAAACCGCACUGACAUGAACUUUUUUAAGAGUAGUUACUACGACUUGGAUAUAAGUUUAGAGCUAGAACGUGUUUUGGAAACUGAAAUUAAGUCAGUUAACAGGUCCAGCUCAUGUCUUGUUUUCAAAAGCGGUAAAGUUAUUAUUUGCGGCUGUGUCAAUAGAUCUGAAAUAAUAGAAACUUUUAAUCAAUUGAUUAGAUUUUUAUUUCAAUUUUAA